UGCAGUGGGGUUCACCGCCGUCUCUCUGCACAGCUGGUAGCGUGGUAGCAGAGGCCGAACAGGAUGUCCACGUUGAAGGAGCUAUGCGCCGGCUUGCCCCUGGACCCGGUACCACCGAACCGUGGUAGAGACCCCCGAGUACCACACGCACCAGCUCGGACCCCCAACCUCACCGCAGAGGAGGAGCGGCUGGCCUUGAGGAACGCCUUGCGUUAUUUUCAACCAACCCACCAUGCGACAUUAGCAGCUGAGUUUGCUCAAGAGCUGCGGCAGUAUGGACACAUCUACAUGUACCGUUUCUGCCCCACCAUGCCCAUGAGAGCGUACCCAAUAGGCCAGUACCCAUGUCGCACACAACAAGCAGCCUCCAUCAUGCUCAUGAUCAUGAACAACUUGGACCCGGCGGUUGCACAGUUUCCACAGGAGCUUGUCACCUACGGAGGGAAUGGACAAGUGUUUAGUAACUGGGCCCAGUUUUGGCUGGUGAUGCACUACCUGAGCGAGAUGACAGAGGAGCAGACUCUGGUCCUGUACAGCGGCCAUCCCAUGGGCCUGUUCCCCAGCCUGCCCUCCUCACCUCGGGCCAUCAUUACCAACGGCAUGGUCAUUCCAAAUUACUCCUCCAGAGACCAGUAUGAAAAGAUGUUUGCCCUUGGUGUAUCCAUGUAUGGUCAAAUGACAGCAGGAAGCUAUUGCUACAUCGGGCCUCAAGGGAUCGUGCAUGGCACAAUGCUGACAGUGCUGAAUGCAGGGAGGAGGUACCUGGGUUCUGGAGACUUGUCCGGCCGGGUCUUCGUGACGUCUGGCCUCGGGGGGAUGAGUGGCGCUCAGGCCAAAGCGGCUGUCAUUGCCGGUUGUGUGGGGGUCAUCGCAGAGGUGGACGAGGCUCCUCUGAGAAAGCGGCAUGAGCAGGGCUGGCUAAUGGAGGUAACCGGCAGUUUGGACCAUUGCAUCAAGAGAAUCAGAGAGGCCAAGAGCUCCAAGACUCCUCUCAGUCUGGGUUACCAUGGGAACAUCGUAGACCUCUGGGAGAGGCUGUUGCUAGAGUAUGAGAGGACGGGAGACCUGCUUGUGGACCUGGGCUCAGACCAGACCUCCCUUCACAACCCUUUCAGUGGAGGUUACUACCCAACCCAGCUCAGCUUCCACCAGGCAAACCAGCUCAUGACCACCGACCCCAACCGCUUCCGCACUGCAGUCCGGCAGAGCCUCUGUAGACAGGUGAAGGCCAUCAACAAGCUGGCUGAUGCAGGCAUGUUUUUCUGGGACUAUGGCAACGCAUUUCUCCUGGAGGCCCAGAGAGCUGGGGCAGAGGUUGGGAAGACCGGGGCUUCAGCAACUGAGUUCCGCUACCCCUCCUAUGUCCAGCACAUUAUGGGGGACAUUUUCUCACUGGGCUUUGGGCCAUUUCGCUGGGUGUGUACCUCCGGUGAUCCCCAAGACCUUGCAGUAACUGAUGAAAUCGCUGCCACUGUCCUGGAGGAGAUUGGUGCCAAUGUGAACGAACGCAUCAGGCUGCAGUACAACGACAACAUCCGCUGGAUCCGAGAGGCUGGAAAGCACAGCAUGGUGGUGGGAUCCCAAGCCAGAAUCCUCUACUCAGACCAGAAAGGCAGAGUCAGCAUUGCGUUGGCCAUCAACCAAGCUGUUGCUGAUGGAAGAGUUUCAGCUCCAGUGAUCAUCAGCAGAGACCAUCACGAUGUCAGUGGGACUGACAGUCCUUUCAGAGAGACCUCUAACGUGUAUGACGGGUCUGUCUUCUGUGCUGACAUGGCCGUUCAGAACUUUGUUGGCGACGCGUUCAGGGGCGCUACAUGGGUGGCGCUGCACAACGGAGGAGGCGUUGGCUGGGGCGAGGUGAUUAAUGGAGGGUUUGGAUUGCUUCUGGAUGGAUCAGAGGGCGCAGCGAAGCGUGCCAGUCUAAUGCUCAACUGGGAUGUCUCCAAUGGGGUGGCUCGCCGCUGUUGGUCUGGGAAUGUAAACGCCUAUGAAACCAUCCAACGCACCAUGGAGGAGAACAGGCAGCUGCGCGUCACCAUGCCCUUCCCCGUGCAGGAAGACCAUGUGCUGGACCGUGCCCUACAGGGCUAGCCGGGGCUGCGCUACAGGGUCACCGCUAGCUGCACAGCAACCACACCAUGACGUCAUUUCACAGCAUUAUACAUGACCUAGACUCUAGUUGGGACAAAUCAAUCCAAUUUCCAUGAAAAUAUCACGUGUUGAGAGUUAAUGAAUUAACAGUGAUGAUGUCAUGUUAGCUGUGUGCCUAGCCACUUAACCAGAUCUAUGAGAAGUACACAUGUCUUUUAUUGUGUUGUGCUGAACAUUAAAUUCUGAGCUUGAAUGAAUUUUAAA